UUCCGCAGUUGUAACGAAAUGAAUGCGCAGCGACCGUUUUGGAGAAAUACCGUUACGAAAUACCGUUGUUUAAUUAAACUGACACCAGCGAACAAAUAGUGGAAUGGUACGAAAUAUACUGCAAGAAAUGACUUAAGGGGAUACAUCUGGUAACGUUAUUGCCAUUGUUGUGGUUUGUUGGGGUUGCGUUCUUUUUGCUCAAACUUCGGAAUCGCGAUCACAAUUUUUGAACAUUGUAUUCUUUUUGUUAAGUGAGUGAAUCUGGAAAAAAAAAUUAUCAACAUGCCGAAAGUUAAAUCCUCUGCAGUCUGGAACUUUUUCCAACCAAAACCCGACUCCGAUGGAAUAGCUUCUUGUAACAUAUGCAAAAAUGAACUAAGUUACAAAGCAACAUCGAAUAAUUUGCGAAGGCACAUUCAGAGAAAGCACCCUUUUGCAGUAUUAGGCGAAGAUAUUAAAACCCAAGAAAUAUCUGUCGUCGUAGCAACGGAAAAUACUAGUGAAGAUAUUAAUUUAGUGUAUCCUGAAGCCAUGGAAUUAGAAUUACAGGCAGCGGCUGACAAUUCACAAGUCGCUUCUUGUUCAAAAGAUCCAUUGGGACAAAACUUUAUAGAGAACUUAUUAAAAAGAAAAAAUAAAAAGAGCACUAUAAGAGAAAUAAAUGAUGCAUUGUUACGUUUAUUUACUUUGGAUUUUCAACCAUUUUCCAUAGUAGAAGAAGCAGGUUUUAAAAGUUUUGUCAGCACUUUAAAUUCGACUUACCAGCUACCAUCGCGAAAAACAAUUACUGAUUCUUUUUUACCCUCUGCCUACGAAGAAGCAUACAAUGCUUCUAGAAAUAUAUUAGACGACAUUCCAUCUGUUACGUUGACUACCGACUGUUGGAGUUCUACACAGAGCUAUGAAAGCUUUGUAGCCAUAACGGCACAUUUUAUAAAUAUAAAUUUUGAAAAGAAAUCGAUCUUGUUGGAAUGUUCAUCAUUUGGGAAAAGCCCUACGAGUGCAAACUUAUACACUGAAAUAGCUCGCGUUGUAAAUGAGUGGAACUUACAUGAAAAAGUUUUAAUUGUAGUUUCAAAUAAUUCAAAUAGCAUUACAAAAGCUGUUACUGACUUAGGACUUCAACACUUUGGAUGUUUUGCCUAUAAACUGGAUUUAAUUGCACAAGAUGUACUGAAGCUAAUAAUCGACAGCGUAGACAAAGUUAGGACAAUCGUAGGCCAUUUUAAACGAAACAUGGCCACUUCCGCAAAAUUCAUGCAUCAACAAAAACAAGCGGGACUUUUACCCAAACAUCUAAUUCAGUCUGUACCAAAGCAAUGGAACUCUGCUUUCUAUAUGUUAGAAAGGUUCACAGAACUAGAAGAACCACUGCGCACCACAAUGGCUCUCAUUAACAAAAAUUGUCCCACGAUAACCAUUGAGGAAUGGCGUUUUUUCAGUGAAAUCGUCAAGAUCAUAAAACCUUUAGAAACAGUCACUAAAAUAAUGUGCGAAGAAAAAUAUAUCACUGCUUCUUCUGUUAUAAUACUGACAGAUGGUUUGGUAGAUGUGUAUUCAAAUCUGAACAAGCAAAAUUUCACUCAAUCAGCUAAAAACAUAAUCGCCUCUAUCCAGAAAGGGUUGACUACUAAACUUGGUGAUCUAGAGGGGAAUGAAUCCUUGGUUUUAACAACAUUUUUGGACCCACGAUUUAAAAACAUAGGAUUUUCGAAUGAGAUAACAGCGAAUGUAGCUAAAGAGCAAAUAGAAGCUUCGCUAACACAGCUGAUACAUGAAAGAGGCGAAGGCGUUGCUCAACCAAUUAGGGAAGCCGUCGACCUAGACGAUUCUAUUUGGAGUAAGUUUGAUAAAAAAAUUGCUUCAUCUCAUCCAAUUGGUAACGCUCACUCCAAGGCGGUUUUAGAAGUGCAACGUUAUUUAGAGGAACCCCCCAUUCCCCGUAACGAAGACCCGCUACUGUGGUGGAAAAAUAAUUCGUUUAAUCUACCGCAUUUAAGUGAAUUAGCGAGAUUGAAGUUCAUUCCUGUUGCAACCUCGGUGCCUUGCGAAAGACUCUUCACCAAAUCAGGCCAGCUUUUAACGGAGAGACGGAACAGACUAAGCUCGUCUGAAGUAAAAAGUGUUUUAUUUCUUAAUACAAUGAAUGGAUAAAACUUUUUCUCUAGAUAGAUAUAUGUAUUAUUGUAUAUGUAUUUUUCUGUAAAUCCAAUCUGUA